AUGUCCUACUCAUUCACUGCCGCACCUGCGCAGUCACUUGACGAGCAUCCCCUCGAUCAACACGCGCUCGGCCACGAUGCCCAGCAACAACAACAAGCAGAGGGACAACGGCAUGACAGAGUACCGCUCUCGCAACAGAGUGCCGGCGAUAUGUCAGGCUCUAAUACCAUCGAGAUAACCACCACUCAACGCAUGAUCUCUGCCACCUGGGGAAGUAUCUUGACCUCACUGCUGGUAACACCGCUCGACGUUGUGCGUGUACGGUUACAAUCCCAGCAAACUCCUCCACCCUCGAAUCUCUCCCGUUUCCCUGCAUAUUCUACAAACUUCAAACACCUUCCUCCCGAUCUAGGCGUCAACUCAUGCUGUCGAGAAGUAUUUUUUGUCGGAAACAAUGGUCAGUUCUGCCUCGCGGGGAACGGCUCCGCACAGGGGUCAUCAGAACUCGCAGCUGAAUGUGCUGUUGAAGAAACCCAACGGAGGACCUUUAAUUCGACCCUUGACGGUCUGAAGAAGAUUGCAAGGAACGAAGGCUAUACGACUCUAUGGCGCGGGCUUUCUCCGACAUUGCUGAUGGCCAUUCCUGCCAACGUUAUUUACUUCACGGGCUACGACUGGCUUCGUUACCAUCACAACAGUCCCAUCAGGAAGAUCGCGUCCGACACCUACGCCCCUCUUGUUGCUGGUUCCUUCGCACGGAUAGCAGCUGCCGUUGCGGUCUCGCCCGUCGAGAUGUUCCGAACUCGAAUGCAAGCGACCUCUGGAAUCGGCACGGGAGUAUUUAAAGAAACUCUACUGGGCCUGCAUCGCAUGACCCAGACCCAGGGAUACACAUCGCUAUGGCGUGGCUUGACUCUGACCAUGUGGCGAGAUGUGCCCUUUUCUGGCAUCUACUGGUGGGGAUACGAAGCGAUCCGGAACAAAUUGACUGAUGCUCGACAACUGGCCAAAGGCCAACAUCUCGAUCCCGCCCGUUCCAUGACCGGUGGACGAACAGCUCAAGCCCACGAAGACCACACAACCACCUUUGUCGACAGUUUCAUUGCUGGUGCGGGCUCCGGCGCCGUUGCUGCUUUCGUCACCACUCCCUUCGAUGUUGGCAAGACUCGUCAGCAAGUGCAUCACCAUGCCGGAGACGACGCUCUAUCUGUGAUUGCCGCACGAGAGGCCGCCAAAGCUGGUAAGCGUAUCCCAGAGGAGCUGUCGAUACCACGUUUUCUCUACCACAUUUUCACGGAGGAAGGCAUGAGCGGACUUUUCAAGGGAUGGGCAGCGCGAUGUCUGAAAGUGGCCCCCGCAUGCGCAAUUAUGAUCAGCAGCUAUGAAAUGGGCAAGAAGUGGGCCAAGACGGUCAACGAAAAGAAGGAGGAGAGAAAGGCCAUGGCUUGA